AUCUCCACGUUCUAGUUCAAGUACAGGGCAAGUCUCUGGAGAACAAUCACCGUUUAAUUCUUGGCCUAAAGGCAGUAUAUGUACUAACCAGGGUGUUUCAACAAUUGAAAUGCAGAGGGAAGGUGAAACACUGCAGGGGGUGGAUUCAGCCAGCCUAGGUGUGCUGUCCUUUGGAUGCAUUGGCUCGGGCGAGGAAGAGGGGGGUGCUGAAGGGGCGGGCAAGAAGGCUGCGCAGAUAUAGACACACUGUGGGGCCGUGCCCUGUCCGAAAGGGAAGUGCUGGACUGACAAGCGAGGAGGCAGAAGCUGAAGACAUUUGGCGAGCUAAAAGCGAUCCUCCGUCCCUCGGGCUGUUCCCUGGGCUGCAGCCUCGGGAGCGCUCUGUCUCCUGAGCACCAGGGGGUGGAGCAGUCCGGUCCUAAUCUGGGUGUUCAGAGCUCCUAAGGACUGGCGGCCUUCAGGACAGCAGUGGCAGAGUACCCUUUCCCCUGGUGAGAAGGGGCACUUCUGCAAUGUCCCCAGCCACUGCUCCUGAGCCUGGUGGGGAUGUGAGUGGAAGACGCAUCAGCAAAAUCAUCUUUUUCCUUUUUGUGUUUGGAGUUGUCUUGCUUUGUGCAGGAAUUUUGCUUUCCAUCUUUGGUUUCCAAACUUGCCAGUAUGAGACUCUUAUUGACUGCAGUGCCGUACUGAAAAUUGUGGGGCCUUCAUGUGCCGUCAUUGGCCUUGGAACAAUCAUAUUGGCCCGAUCCAGGGCAAAACUUCAGCUUAGAGAGAGGCAGCUGCAAGGCAACCAAGUUGACCCAGACACCUUCUUUCUUUGUGGAGAAAGUCGCCAGUUUGCCCAGUUCCUCAUAUUUGGAUUCUUGUUUUUAACCAGUGGGAUGCUGAUUAGCGUUCUGGGCAUUUGGGUCCCUGGAUGUAACCCAGGAUGGCCCCAGCCACCAUUUAAUGACACGGAUGCUUCUAGUACUGAGCCACAGGCAUGUGGAUUUCUGUCUCUCCAGAUAAUGGGGCCUUUGAUAGUGCUCAUUGGAUUAUGUUUCUUUGUGGUAGCACAUAUUAAGAAAAGACACGACUUGAGUUCUAGCCAAGACUCCUCAGAAAGUGAAGAAAGGCGGUCACAGAACAAUGAGCCGGUACAAGUCACUGUAGGUGAUGCUGUGAUCAUCUUUCCUCCCCCACCUCCACCUUAUUUUUCUGACGCUUCAACAUCUGCAGUGGCAACACAUAGCUCUGCAUCUAAUAAUUUGCCUCCGAGCGAGAACCCACCAUCAUAUUACAGUAUUUUUAAUUAUGGGACCCAAACUUCUGAGGUUGAAGGAGCAGUCUCUUAUCGAAAUCCUGAAUCCAUAUAUACCAUUUCUGGGACAAAUUUAUCUUCUGAGACAUCACUGGCCUCCCAUAUUUCAUCUGAAUUACCUCCCAGAUAUGAAGAAAAAGAAACUGUGAAUGUUGAUCAUCUCACUUCUUCAUCUUCUCAGUCGUCCCCACCAUGAACUAUGAACUGUUCACUUUUCUAAGUUCUUGUUUAUGUCUGAUCAUACGUUUAUUUAAUUUUUUAUAAUAAAAACAUACCACAACUUUUGGUGAUGCUUUCCUUUCAUAGUCAGUCACUGACAUUUCUUGAGAUUGGCUCAAGGUUGGUAAGCACUGGUUCUUUGGAGGGGGGUGCUCCAAAGUUCAGCUAGUAGCAACCUUGGCUAAUGGUUAACCUUGCUCAUUUAUGGCUCCAAUGUCAGUCACUGUUGUUGAAAAGAAACAAGAGCAUGGCCACUGUCUCAUUUUCUUGGGUGUAGUUUGUAUAAAUAAAAUAAUUAGGGAACCUUCAUCCUGUGACAUUUACAAACAUGCUCUCACACUGUAAGCUGGCUUUGAGGGCCAUGCAGAGGGAUCAGUUUAUAGGUUCAAAUGCUUAAAAAAAAAGAAGCCCUUUAACUUCCAUUUUAGAAUCAAUACAAUGUAUUGGCUUGGUUCGAAGACAGAAGAGAACAUGACUUGCUUAGGAUCACAAAGCUAGAAAGCUGAGGCCCUAUUUGAACCCAGGAGCUUCUGUCUCUAGCCACUGGGCCACCUAGCCAUUUCCAUUCAAAUGGUUUAGAAGAGCUUUUAGGUUUUUCCCUGAUUAGAUCCCUUUGGAAGGGAUGCUAGGCAAAUUCUGCUCUAUAGUGUUACAGUGAGGUGUGAAAACAUAUUUGCAUCACUCAUAUAAUUUUGUAUCAUUGAGAAGGGGGAGGGGGGAGAUAACUGGCUUGGAAGCCAAGAAGGCUGCUGGAUUCACAUCCCUGCUUCUACUAGCUAUGUGUCUCUGGUACCAGAGGAGUGUUCUUCCCUGUGCCGGAGGCUAUCAGAUAAGACUCUAAGUUGCACAGGGGGAGUUCUCUCAUCAGGAAGUUCCCUUUUACCCUUGAGAUCUAGUCCCUAUCUCUAAUUAUGUAUAGAAAUAUUUUUUUCCUGAAAGGAUGCUUGUGAUACAAAAAAUUUUAUAACAGCAAACAAAGCACUAUAAUUAAGGUAAUUAUAGAUAUCCAUCUGAAUAAACAACUAUGAAUAAUGAAUGAAUGAAUGACUUGAAGGCUAGGUGCUCCCAACCUGAAAGAAAGAAAUAGUAUAAUUUAGUGGAGUAAAACUUUGAACCCUUUAUGUCCAGGGCAUCAGAUAAUCCCUAUGAAAAUUGGUAUUAACAGGCAGUUCAGCUGCCUAAGGCAAAGCUGAAGGAUUUGAAUGCUUCAGCAAGUCAGGGAAGCAAUAACAGACCUCAUGGGUUGGGUUUCUCAGGCCAGGCCAAGAUGUUUUUGAGUUGGACAUUUGUUGGGUUGAGCAGCUCUGAAAAGUCUGCUGCUUUUCCUGGAAGGUGAAUUCUUCAUGUUGGCUAAUUAGAACAAAGGGUAGAUUUUCUCUGGUUCUUUCUGGUUUUAUCGGUUUAGAAUGCUUAGUUAAGCUGUACUGGCUAAGCAGGUUCCUGUCUGAAAAUGUAAUGUGGUGAAAAAACCUCCUUUCUUAAGAGCUGUCAACACUUUGGAUAUGUGACCAAAAUUAUGUUACUUCUAUGAUCUAAUAAACUCUAAGGAAGCCGCUUAAAAUACUUAA